AUGUCUACUGCCUCUCGAACGGAUACGCCAUUGCACAACAACGAGGCUAAAGACCGUGUACAUAGAAUAUACUAUGAUCCACUGGACAAGAGAUUAAGAGAAAGGGCCGGUAGUGUUAUUGAUACAGAGAAUGAGGGUAGGCGGAUGGUGCCGCAUAUAACCUUAACGAUGCCAUCCAUGGAUACGAAUAUGGAAAAGUAGUUCCUUCAAGUAUAUAAAU